AUGGCGGCACCUCAGCCCUUCGAUUUUUUUGGCAGCGUGCAGCUACAGGCAUUGGGUAUAUUUACCGCAGCUCUCGUGUUCUACGCCGGUCCGGAAUACGUCCAAACCGCCAUAGAUGCUGUCGGUCCGUGGAUCGAAGCGCGGAGGGCUAGACAAAUUUCGGUUGGCGAUGCUACAUCUGCAAUCGUGCACACAGGAUUGAGCACAGCUUCACCGGAGUCCUUCACGAGUAAAAUUACAAAGUUCGUUACGGAAACGACAAGUGGAACAUCGAGGUUCUGCGACAACACUUCACCCAUUAUCGUAAUAACAGAAACCAACCGUACGAGCUUACCGGAAGUGACUCCACACGAACCUCCAACCUUCGAUGACGAACAGCCGCAUACCUCAAGCAAUCCCACUGAUAGCACGCGAUCCUCGUCUUUCGACCGGCAAGAUUCACACGAAACUUCGGUCUUCGAUAACGGACAGUCAAGCACUCCCACACCGUUCUCGUCUUCUGAGCGGCAUGAUCACAGUUUCUCAACCUCGGAAACAUCAUGGGAUUCAUAUGACUCAGAUGAUUCGCAAAAAUUCAAAUUUGAGAGCUCGGAUAACCAUCAAUCUUCACAUCUGGACAAGAUUAAAACCUUGGAACAGAUUCUUCAUGAAGUGGACAGUCAUGUAGGGAAUGAGAUAGACAGAUUCAAAGAGGAACUUCGUUCCCAAUUGGAAACUAUCCGCAUCUUUGCCAUAACCAAUAUGCCUAGCUGCCGCACAAUAAUUUUCAUUUCCAGUCUGUUCAUUGCCAUACUGGUUGAGAUCCUAUGUGGCGCGAUGGUCCCUGAGAAUCCACUCUACAUCCCUCCACAAUCGAUUCCAAUUUUUAUCUUUAUCGGAUCUAGCCUACCCAUUUUGCUCUAUGGAUAUUGUGGAGACUAUUUCGGAGCAUUGGCUACUGCCUUAACCUACGGUUCGAUAAUCACAAUCAGUACUCUUAUGCGCCACGGCGUCACGACGGAGAUUUUGGAGAGAAUGACUCUACGGGAAGUCUUGUUGUUUAUUGGAUUGUCUAUUAAAAUUAAGUUUCGUGAGAUCACUCGGCAAUUCUUAAUGCGGGCUUCUCGUAUGUUCAAAGAACAUUUGCUGUACUGCACGGUUUCUCUUAGUCUUGCUUUAGUAGCAAUCGCAUACUACUUCAAGUCUGGCUCUACCGACUCCCAUCCUGUUUGGUUGCAAGGGGGAUCAUUAUUUCUACAGAAGAUAUCUUCAGUUUCUACCGGUGAAAAGUCAGAUCAAACUACAGAUGCAGGCAAGCCAGAAAGUAAUGCUGAGCUUGGUGCCAUUGGCAGCCUCGUCUUCCCUUACCUUUCGAAAGCUGCGCGUAGCUUCGCAUUUGCCAUAGAAGUAAUCACCAGCGCCACGACAAAUGCAUAUGCGAACCUCAAUGCGGAAAACAUCCCACUGACAGCAUCCUUGAUUGUUGCCAUCACCUCAUUCAUGGCCGCGAUAGAUAUCCAGUUUCGCAAGCUGAGCCCUAAAGCUCAAAGCAUAAUGACUUAUAUUGCCGGUGGCGGAUUCGUUUAUCACUUCUUCAGCUCCGAUUACGGUCGAACCAUACAUCCUGACAACCUCUACUGGAUGUGGGAGAACUUCCCGGACGGCUACGACUGGAGUCUAUGCCACCCCGGAAUUACAACAUUUUCCAUUGUCUUCGCAUCUUGCUGCGUUCUCAGUCUCCGAACACAACGCCGCUACGAGGAUGUUAAGGUUGCCUUAUUCGUCUGUGCCACAAACUGGUAUAUUAUAAGCUCUAUUUUGACCCAGAACGGGCUCAGGUGUCUGCAGGACUAUGCACUGGGCAUGUUUUCACUCGGUAUUCUUGCUGUAUUGUAUGUUGCCGUCCCAGCCUUCGCAGCCGCUGCUUUCUGGGAAACGGUCCGCCAGCAUCGUCCAAUCCGCGCCCUCAAACAUGCCCCGAACUUCAUGCGUGUUGCGAUUGUAACUUGUUUGAGGACGAUUGUCUAUCCGACUUAUCGAUCGAUAGUAGUUGUUGUGAGAACAAUUUUCCCUCAUGUCUCUCAGUGUAUGGUAGUUAUAUGGACGAUUGUUACCCAAAUUGCUCGGUGGAUGUUGGCCGCCCUGCUGUGGUUGAUACCAGGCCUAAAUCCUGAUGAUUCAUUGAACGAGAGAAACCCAGAAAUUCCUGGAGCGUUUCCUGAUUCUCCUCCAAACAAUCAGAAUGAGAUACCGGCUCCAGAACCCGCAAGGGUCACCAGACCCCGCCAGCAGUUGGAAACAAGACAGGAGACUUCACCGCCAGGGAGGUCUCAGAGCACAAGGUUCCAAACAUCCUCAACAAGAGAUCCGCAAGGGGCAUCAGACAGAAUACCGAACAGAAGGCCAGAAAUACAACGAAAUCCCGUCCGACCAACUGAAACAAGGCAAGAAACCCGACAGGACCGUGGACGCAGCGUAUCGCCGGCACCCGAGAACAAACCCACGCAUUUUUCACCACCCACAGGUAGGCCUAAAUCUACUGCACCGUAUGAACCAGAGAUUGACACCAACUUACCACGCAAAGGUGCUCACUCCAACCAAGCAACUGAGACAAAACCAAAUGCUGAACAGAAACACGAUCCCAUCCCAUGGCGAGCACCAAGAAACAGGCCAAAGCGAAAUCCAUCGCCCCCACCGAAACCCGUUCCUACCGCAGAGUCUGAGACAGAGGCCAUAAUUAUCCCAAAGGAUAGGCAUCGUGGUACUGUCCAAGCAACUGAGACAGAACUGCCGUCUGAUCCGAGCAGUCUCUAUAAGCCGCUUGACCGCAUUGAAGGGUCUUCCAACGAAAACUCUGAAAGGUUUGAAGAUCCCCGAUCAGCAGGAGAGAUCGAUAAAGCAAUCGCUAAGGAACUUCGGAAAAAAAGCCCAGAAAUAGCAGCAAGGAAGUGGCUUCAAAAUAAAGUUCGACAACCCUUGGAGCCUCGAGCGUGGGAAAAGCUGAGGGUGAAGCUUGUUAGGUUGUAUGGCAUGAAAAUCGCAGAAGAAGCCAUUGAAGAGAAGAAGAUGGAGUUGAUCAUCGAACAAGAGAAUAAAAAGGCCAAGGAAGACGCCGCAUAUUGCCAAUUCGUGUUUGACGCCGUUGCUGAUGCUUCGGAAGACCCCACAGGCUAUUCUUCCCCCGCCACAUCUGAAGACAGAUGGCAACAAGUUUUGGAAAGAUUUCGGACUCGAUCCUUUAAUCGCAGCGAAAGUGAAUUCAGGGAAGAAUUCAAAAAGCAGCAACUGGAAAUCAUCAGGUUGUCCAAAGUCGCGCAAAAUACGGAUGACAACCGCACCGACAAAACGGAUCUCACUCUUGAAGAUCCACAAAUUACUUCACAGCCCCCUAAUUUGCUUGAGGUUCCUUUCCUUGGGGCUCCUCAACUCAACUCCUGGUUACCAGGGAUCAGCGCUGAGAGGGAAAGAGAGCUUAUUGCUUCUGGACUUGCAUCAAACGAACAACUUGGAGAAGCCCUAGAUGGAGCUAAUACAAGUAUUGAUUACGGAAAGAUGUUCUUCGACGGCCUCAAAAUCCCAGGAAAAGAACAAGACAAGAGAAUCGACAUCCCAGCAUUGCCUCCAUUGAUUAGCGCUGAGAGGGAACGAGAGCUCAUUGCCUCAGGACUUGCAUCGAACGAACAAUUUGGUGAAGCUCUAGAUGAAGCUGAAACAAACAUUGAUUACAAGAACAUAUUCUUCGGCAACAUGGGAGUCCCAGGAACAGCCCAAGACAAUAGCAUCAGCUUUCCACCAUUGCCCCAUCCUAUCAGUGUUGAAAAGGCAAGAGAUCUCAUUGCUGCAGGACUGCAAUCCAAUGAACAACUCGACAAUGCCCUUGACACUGCUGGAGCUGAUGUCGAUCUUGAAGCUGCGUUUCUCGGCAGCAUGGGGAUUCCAGGAAAUGCGCAAGAUCAGAUCAAUCCAACGUCACGCCCUCCACCGAUCAGUGCCGAGAGAGAAAAAGAAUUCAUUGCCGCUGGACUCAAGUCUAAUGAGCAGCUUGGUAACGCCCUUGACACUGCUGGAGCUGAUGUCGAUUUUGAAGCUGCGUUUCUCGGCAGCAUGGGGAUUCCAGGAAACGCACAAGAUCGGAUCCAGACUAAGUUGCAGCCUCCACCGAUCAGUGCUGAGAGGGAAAGAGACUUUAUAGUCGCUGGCCUUGGGUCUAAUGAGGAACUUGGAAAAGCCCUGGACGCGACCGAAACGGAUGCAGAUUUCGCGGCUGUAUUUUUCGACAGCAUGAAAAUUCCGGGAGAAGGGCAAAUCCAGAGCACCGGCGGCUCGCCAGCACCUCUACCGAGUGCAUUGAAUCAACCCGACUCGGUCUAUGUCCAGCUCAAUAAUGCAGAGUCCAACGACGAGUACGCAAACACUUUUCUCUCGCCUCUGGGUGCCAACGCGCCGCCAAACAAAGGAGGCGAAGUCAAUCCAGGUAGUGGAACGCUACCCAAUUCGUCCUCUUUCUUUAUUCCAAAAUCUAGCGUGCCGACAGCGAAUCAGCAGCUUGGUGCUGAAAAUGCUGUCGCCCGGAACAAUGAAGAAGUUGCUCGUGCUCCUACUUCAGCGCCAGAAAUCCCGCGAAAUGGCAACAAGGGAAAGACCACGAAUGGCGUUGAACAAACCCUCAAACGCGCUUCAUCCGCAUCCAAUGAAGCCCCCUCGAGCCAUCUACCACUAGAUGAACCUCAAGAUCCUGCGAAAGCUGCUGUCGCCAGAAAAAGGUUGCGGGACCGCAUACUAGGGGUACCAAGCCUCUCGGACUUCCUCGAAUUGUCACCAGCCGAUAACGGCCUGUCUGGCCCUGCUGAUUCGGCUUCUGAUGAUGGACUGGAUGAAGAGAUCAUGAGGGCAUUGGCGGCCGAGAACGAAGAAUCGAUGGAUGAAAUGAUGGCAAUGCAAGCUAUGCUAAUGGGGGAGGCGGGGAAAGCAAAGCAGAGAAAGAAGUAAGGGUAAAUUGUGACUUGAGUAUAUUUUCUUUUCUGAGGAAGCGUGCGCGUUUGGCAUUUGAAGGGGC